AUGACAGCUGCUGCCCCCAAGGUCGGAUCCUCUGUGGACUCGGACUCGGACCAACCCAACUCGCAUCCCGAGUCUUGGCCGUUGCCCGGGCCCGGUCCGCAAGCCGGCAGCGUCGGCGACGGCGACCAUGCCCGCCAGCUCGACGCCUCCGAGCUGGGCGCGCAGGGGCGGCAGCAGCAGAAGCAGCCGAAGCAGCAGCAGCCCGGUCAGGGCAAGCGGCCGUGGUGGAGGAGGCGCAUCGCGAUAUGGUCCUUCGUCAUCGCUGCCGUCCUGCUGGUCGCCUUCGUCGUGCUGCUGGUCCUGGGGCUGCUUGGAUACCUCAAGGUAGGCGCCUUUUCUACUCGGAACCAGACCGAACAGGCUUCGUCAGAUUCAGAACAACGCCCGCCAAACCCUCUUUCUACUAUUCCUCUUCUUUCUGAGCCCACAUUCACUUCUGUUGCUCCCCCUCCUCCGCCAGCGACCUUGACUGCCGCUGCUGCCACCCCCAUUCCGACUAAUCUUGGAACGCUCAACAUUCCGGGCCAGGAUCCGCAGGUCAACUUGGGCUACACGACCUAUGUCGGAACGAAUUUGGAUGGGGGCAUCAACCGGUUCCUCGGGAUGCGUUAUGCAGCACCACCCGUAGGAGAUUUGAGGUGGAGGGCGCCGGCAGCUCCGCCGACGUCGACCUCACCUCAGUCGGCCAAGUCGUUCGGGCCCAUCUGCCUAGGAAUCUCGGUCUCGUCUUCUGUAAGCUACGAGAACGAGGAUUGCCUUUUUGUCAACGUCUGGGCCCCACAGAACGCCAACACGACGUCCAAUCUACCGGUCUGGCUGUUCAUCCAGGGCGGCGGCUAUGUCUCCAACUCUAACGCGAACUGGGACGGCGAAGAGGUUGUCCGCCAGUCCGGGAACAAGAUCGUCUUUGUCAACUUCAACUACCGCGUGUCCAUGUGGGGAUUCUUGGCCAGCUCCAAGGUUCAGGCCAACGGUAAUCUUAAUGCCGGUCUGCUCGACCAGCGCUUCGUCAUGGAGUGGGUCAAGUCAAACAUCGCGAGUUUCGGGGGUGAUCCGAACAAUGUAGUCAUCCAUGGAGCCUCUGCCGGAGCAGGGUCCGUUGCUCUGCAUCUUAUGGCAUUUGGCGGCCGGAACGACAACCUCUUCACAGCAGGCAUCGCAGAGUCUGUCUUCUUCCCUGCGCAGCCUUUCGUGCCCCAGUUGGAAUACCAAUUCGACCGCCUUACCAACGCCACAGGCUGUGCAGCACAGCAGGACCAGUUGGCGUGUCUGCGCGCCUUGGACACAAAGACCCUCCAGGCGCAGAACGUCCCCUCCAUCUUCCCAGGCCGCACCCAGCCGCCACUGCCCCUUUUCUACUGGACGCCCUGCAUUGACGGCGACUUCCUUCAGGACCUGCCAUACAACCUGCUCGCGCAGGGCAAGUUCCUCGACGUGCCGCUACUGUUCGGGAACGACAAUGAUGAGGGCAGCUACUUCGCCACCAACGCCGCCACGCCGGAGGAUAUGGCCGAGUUUUUCCAGAAUAACUAUCCUUUGCUCACGAGUGACGACACCGCCGCCAUCACUCGCACGUACCCGCUCAUGGCCGCCCUGCCCCAGCACAAUGCCUGGUUCCCCAGCGCCAGCAUGGCCUACGGCGAAGCGACCUUCAUCUGCCCGGCCAUCAACCUCUUCGCGGCGUACACGCAGGCCUCCUUCUCGCAGGGCACCAGCACCGCAUCGGCGCUGUGGCUGUACCGGUACAACGUGACUGACAACGACAACGUCGCAGCGGGCGUCGGCGUACCGCACCUGUGGGAGUCGUACGCCGUCUUCGGCCCGACCAACCUGGCGUCCAACAACGUCCCCGAGAGCUAUUUGACGUACAACGCGCCCAUCGUCCCCAUCGUCAUGGACUACUUCCUUUCAUUCGUGCAGACGCGCGAUCCCAACCCGCUGAGGGCCGCAGGAUCCCCCGAGUGGGAGAGCUGGGGGUCCCAGAUUGGGACCAGCAACGGCACCAGAAUCGUGCUCGAGACCAACAACGUCCGCAUGGAGCCCGUCGAGGCGGCGCAGGCGGCGCGUUGUCAGUUCUGGGCGGGACUGGUGCCGAGGACGCAGCAGAAGGUGAAGAAGGCGAGGAGUGAGGCGGUUAAUCUGCCACUGAGCCCAGGCUCGCGCCAGGCUCGGAAGAGAAUUUUAUAUUAA